CAAUAGUUUGCCUUGUACCCCUCGCGCGAGUGCAAGUAUGACUUUUGCAUUUGAUUUUUUAUCGUGGUCGUCCUCGUCGUCGCCGCCGCCUCGUAGUGCCGUGCGUGAAGAAGAAUACGAAGAAGUAGCAGCAGUAGUACAAGAGCAAGCAUCGUCGUCCUCGUCAUCGAAAUACGCAGCAGCAGAGGUAAAGUUAGUCGAGGCGUGCAGCCAGUUGUGGAAAAAAUGCGCACCAAGCUUGGGAACAUUAGAGAACCUGCCUCAGCUGACGGCUACUUUCUGUCCACGUCGUGAGUCGUAAGGUUCGUGGCUGGGCCGCACACUCGAGAGAGAGAGAGAACGAAUUUUGAUCGACGUCGUCGUCGCACACACGCAUUCUUUCCUCUCUCUAUCUCUCUCUCUUUCUCCUCUACGAGCCAGCUCGCCCGUUGCGGAUUCAAAAACCCAGGUACAAGAGCAGACAGACUUUUGACUCUGCGUACGUGUGUAAGUGUUGUUACUAGUCGUCGUGUGUGCUGCCAGUGAGCAGCGAGGGGACCAGUCAACGGCUCGACGUCGUCCUCGAGGAGAUUUGGUGACCAACGGUGAAGCAGAACGAAAUACGAAGCUUUCCAAUGUAAAUUGAGAUGAAACGAGUGCGCGGGGUGGACGACAUAACUCCGCCGGUGUCAGCAGCGACAGUAACUCUGAGGAAUUCGGGUGGCGGAGUAGCGGGCCAGCCGCCAGCAGCCGCAGCAGCUGGAGGAACUGGAGGAGCAACUGGUACCAGUGUUGGUAGUAUAGAGUACCAUGCCAGUUCGGCCAUAGGGGUCGUUUCUACUCAACCCAACGUCAGGUCUGCUCCAACCAGAGAGAUGCCCAGCAGCAUUCAACUGUCUCAGUCACAACAGCAAUAUCCUGGUGCAAUUGUUGUGCCAACUGCUGCUUCCUCCACUGCCAAGGGAAGCAGUGCUGUUGGUAAUCUAUCGACAACUUCGUGUGCUGCUGCAAGCAGCUUAAGUUCUGGUGUAACUUUGCAUAGCUCUGCGCUAGGUGGAGCUGGGAACCAUAGUCUAGGUCCUCAGGUACCGGUUCCUAGUUCACAGGCACAAUCUCAUACUCAAACAGCCUCAGCAAUCAGGCCCAGGGUGCCUACCCCUCCUAGUGGCAGUAUUAGUAGUUCCAGUGCCAGCUCAUUCCAAAGGCUAAAAGUGGAAGAUGCACUGUCUUAUCUCGAUCAAGUCAAGUACAAAUUUAGUGACCAACCCCAGGUUUACAAUGACUUCCUUGAUAUUAUGAAAGAAUUCAAAUCCCAGAGCAUAGAUACUCCAGGUGUCAUAACGAGAGUUAGCCAUUUAUUCAAGGGUCAUCCAGAACUAAUAGUUGGCUUCAACACAUUCUUACCACCAGGCUACAAAAUUGAAGUACAAGCCAACGAGCAGGGUUACGCGUUCCAAGUAUCGGUCAGCAUGCCAAGCCCCACGGCCACGCAAACGGCCACACUCUCUCAGCAUCAUUGUACAGUUAAUGUUGGAUCUCCUCCCAUAGCUACAACCCCAACUCCUGCCAAGGCGCAACCAGUCGUACAAAUUUUGCACGGUUCUGGUAGUUUGCAACAUACCAUUACGAAUAACAUCAACAACACCUUGACUAUUCACGGGCCUUCGUCACCGCCAGUUUUGCCGUACAACAAUUCCCACAUGACCACGGCCCAAGCCCAAGCUGUGAGCCAAGCACUGAGCCAAGCGACAGAAGGAGUUCCUAGUACUGGCACCACACAAGCGAAUCAACCUGUGGAAUUCAAUCACGCCAUUAACUACGUCAAUAAAAUAAAGAAUCGGUUUCAAGGCCAACCGGACAAAUACAAACGAUUUCUCGAGAUCCUGCACACGUAUCAAAAAGAGCAAAGGACUCUAAAGGAAGCGGCGAUGGCUGGUGGUGCCGGUGGUGGUAGCGGCAGCGGCGCCGGAGGUGCAAACGCCGGUGCUCGAACUCUCACCGAAGCCGAAGUUUAUAGCCAAGUGGCCAAAUUAUUUGAAAACCAAGAAGACUUAUUGGUGGAGUUUGGUCAAUUUUUGCCUGACGCGACCAGUCAGCAUAACGCACUGUCUGCAAUGUUUCAGAGCAACAGGGUGGGAACGGCCAACGACCACGCGACGAUUGUGAAGAAGCCCGUGGGCAUAAAAGCAGCUUACAACAAUUCGGGUGCGCCGAUCAAAGAGCACCGCGACUCGACGAGCGUGCCUGGCCUUGAGCGCGAAAGCAGGGAUCAUCGGGAUAGGGAUCGAGACCGUGAGAGACCGAUAAUGCGCGGCGAGAUGGGCGGACCGGUGAGCCAGAAGUUUGGUCACAGUGCUGGCCAGCUGAAGAGGUCACCAUCCUUCAGUGGCUCCAUGGCCACUCCCAACUCUCAUACACCCCACGGUCCUCCGCCACCCAAAAAGCACAAGGUCACCUCCGCGAGGGACGUCAGCAUCGCCGAGGUGGGCAAGCACGGUAGUCUCAACGACUACGCCUUCUUCGACAAAGUGCGCAAGGCGCUGCGGUCGCAGGAGGUCUACGAGAACUUUCUGCGCUGCCUGGUGCUGUUCAACCAAGAGAUCAUAUCCAAGACUGAACUAGUGCAAUUGGUGACGCCGUUCCUCGGGCGUUUCCCUGAGCUACUGCGGUGGUUCAAGGACUUCCUCGGCCACAUGCCCGAGUCGCCGACGUCGUCGACGACUUCCUGCGGAGCCAACCAGUCGGGCAAUGCCGGUCUCUCCGGCCUCGGCAUCGAAGCCCUACCCAACAACGUCGUACGCAGCCAUCAGGACCGACCGCAAGGCGAUCUCGCCAUGGAGAUCGACUACUCGACCUGCAAGAGGCUCGGUGCCUCGUACUGCGCUCUACCUAAGUCCUAUGUGCAGCCCAAGUGCUCCGGCAGGACACAGCUUUGCAGGGAGGUGCUCAACGACACGUGGGUCUCUUUUCCCACGUGGUCCGAGGAUAGCACAUUUGUCACCUCCCGCAAAACCCAAUUCGAGGAGUACAUCUAUCGCUGUGAGGACGAGCGAUUCGAACUCGACGGCGUCAUAGAGACGAACGCCGCGACGAUAAGGGUGCUCGAGGGUGUUCACAAAAAGAUGAGUCGGAUGAACCAAGAGGAGUUGCAAAAGUUCAAGCUCGACGACUGCUUGGGCGGUUACUCGCCGACGAUACAUCAGCGAGCCCUCAAGAGGAUAUACGGCGACAAGUCCGCCGAUAUCAUCGAAGGUCUUAAAAAGAAUCCUAUGGUCGCGGUGCCGGUUGUGCUGAGAAGACUCAAAGCCAAGGAAGAGGAGUGGCGAGAAGCUCAAAAAGGUUUCAAUAAGAUCUGGCGGGAUCAAAACGAAAAGUAUUAUUUAAAGUCACUCGAUCACCAAGGCAUCAACUUUAAGCAGACCGAUGUCAAGGCUCUGAGGUCCAAAAGUUUAUUCAACGAGAUAGAAGUCGUCUACGAUGAGAAACACGAGCAGGCCGACGAGAAUGGUGAAAACCAAAUCAGCAGUGGUCCGCAUUUAAUUCUACCCUAUAAAGAUAAGUCAAUCCUCGACGAUGCCGCCAAUCUUCUCAUUCAUCAUAUGAAGAGACAAACUACAAUUCAUAAAGAUGAUAAGCAGCGAAUCAAAGUACUCCUCAAACACUUUAUUCCUGAUAUGUUCUUCCAUCCGCGGCAAGAACUUAGCGAUGAUGAGCAAGAUGACGAGAAUGAUAAAGAGGAUACGCCACAAACGUCGUGCGGUAACGGUACGCAAGCGCCCACGGCCUCAACGUCGUCGACCGGUAAUGGUCCGCAAAGCAGCAAUAGGAAUAAAGUCGUACCCUCGCCGGCGCCGUCUUCCAUAGCGAUAAAGACCGAUCCCGACGUCAAACCGCCGCCUCACGCCCUCUCGACUGAUCCCGAGGAGGCGUACGCGUUAUUCAUGGCGAGCAACUACUGGUACCUUUUCUUCAGGCUACAUCAAAUACUCUGCGACAGGCUUACUAAAAUGUACGAUAGGGCGAUGGUACUAGCGCAGGAGGAAUCUCAGUUUAAGCAGCAGCGUGCCGAAGCCACGUCUGUCGCCUUAAGGUUAAAGCCUAAAAAUGACAUUGAAGUAGAAGACUAUUACCCAGCGUUCCUCGAGAUGGUGAAAAACGUCUUGGACGGUAACAUGGAAAGCACUAACUACGAAGAUACGCUCCGAGAGAUGUUUGGCAUCCACGCGUAUAUUUCUUUCACUCUAGAUAAAGUUGUGUCGUAUGCCGUGAGACAACUUCAACACUUAGUUUCGGAUACCGUGUGUCAGCAAUGUAUGGAUCUCUAUCAAAAAGAACAAAGGCAACCGAAAGAAAGCACUGGAACAGGUGGUCUAUGUUCGACGGCGUAUCUUCGAGUGCCCGCCGAAGUGGCGUACCAGAGAAAAGCUGAAAAGCUGAUGGCCGAGGAGAAUUGCUUCAAAGUGUACAUUUACAAGAAAAGUCAAAAUAUGACGAUAGAGUUGUUGGAUACGGAAAAUGAGGAAAACGCCGAAAGCAACGGUAGAGAUCGCGACAGAGAGUCGGUGACGAAUACCGAGAAGUGGUCGUCUUAUGUUGAGAGGUUCUCGUCGGCGACCGGACAAUCAAGUCCGAAGGGUGAUGUGCCAACAACCUCGUCAGAGAAUGAGCCAGCAGCCAAUCAUCCUGUGAGUAGCGACCAGGCAGCAAAGGGGGGGAGGGGCAGAAAGCGCAAGAACACUGACAUUAACAAGAAGAUGGCGGAGCCGUCCUCGUCGUCGUCGUCGGGCAACGGCUGGAGCAAGGCGCUGCCGGGUCGCAAGCGGGUCUAUCUGCCUCGCAACGUCGAGCAGUACCGCAGGCGCGCGGCCCCGAGGACGGGCGCCGCCUUCUGCGGCGGGCCUGGCGCCGACCCCGACAAGACUGCCGAUGCCGGCGGCCAGCAACGCAGCAGGCACGUGGCAGCCGAGCAGCCGAGCGAGGCCAGCGCGCACGUGGUCGCGUCCGACGAGCUGCAGUGCACCUUCGACCUCAACAGCUAUCGCGCCGUCUACGUGGUGAACCAGGAGGCCGUGCUCUACAAGCGGGGCUGUCUGAGUCGAGCCAAGCAGAGCCACCCGGCGGUGACCAGGCGCAAGGCCGGCAAGUUCGAGCAGUGGCACCGCGGCUGGGCAGCUAGGAGCGUCAGCGAGCUGCAGUCCAAGGCCUGCCACAGCUGGCUGAUGGGCUGCCACGAGAGUCUCGCGUCACUGCAGCGCACGCGGGUGCUCACGGACAACGACCUCGCGCGCAGCCCCUACCGGCCUUACAAUCGGUACACCGUCGAGGGCCUCGAACCGGCGCAGUCGCUGGACGACUCCGCCACAGCGUCGACGUCCUCGUCCGCGGCCUCGCAGCAGCAGCCGCAACAGCAGCAGCAGCAGCAGCAGCUCGCCGCCAAGGACUGAAGUCCCCUCCUACGUUCUGUAUAUCGCGAUCGAUUGCCUCUUCUUUCACUGUAAAUAAUACAUACGCACUGCAGUUAGCCUCUCAGUCAAAAGAGAUUUAUAUUUCGUGUUGUGAUUAUGCUUUUAUCGCCGGAGAACGGGUGUGCUCCGAGUGCACACUACUGCGGCUGAUCAUGAUAAUGGUGAUGAUGAUGAUGAUGACGAUGAUGAUGACGAUGAGGAUGACGACGAUGAUGAUGGUCCUGUUGCUUCCUCCCUCGACGUCCUCUUUUCUUUCUCUUUCUCUUCCUUUUUUAUCGUUAUCUGUCGCGGGAUACAAUGUAACAUAUUGCUACUUUGUUUACUUUGUUAUUUGUGCGAGACGAGGGCGACCGUCUCAGCAUCACCUCGUUCAUACGCGUCACGUCGCUCGGCAUCUCAUUACACGCUGACUUGUUGAUUACGAUGUACGUUUAUGAAGAUUCAAUUUUAUACGUAGAUUCUUUUACUUUCUUCCCUCCUUACUGUCUAUCUCUUCCUCUUGUGAAUACUUGCGGCUACUCGUCAAUUUUAUGGUAGAAAGCAACCAGAUGUGUAUUAUCUGUACUAUCUUUUUCAAGACUACCUACUCGGAAUUUAAGCUAAUAUACAUAUAUAUGAAGACAUUGCGGUCAUUGAGUUUUUUUUUAAUAAUAGUUCAUAAUUGAAAAGCAAAAUAUCUAUGGCCUUAAUUUUUUACCUACAAUCUCUAGGUUACAAUACUUCGUUGUAACAUAUAAAAUGUGUUGUAAUAAAGUAUGAUUCUUUACUGAAGUUGUGACUAAGAAUUAUGAAACUUUAGAAUUACGAUUGCGACGGGCACAUCGGCAAAACGUCAAUCAACCCUCUGAAUAUUGAUUAUUAUUGUAAGGAUAGUUGUAGUAUUGUUUAAUAUUAUUCCAUAAUUAUGUACAAAUAAUAUUAUAUUAUAUGAACAAUGAUCGCGGCGAGAUCAUACUUUCGGCUAACACUUUAUUUUUAUUUUCGAAAACAGACGUCAGUGCCCACGUGUGGUUAAACCAAAAUUUUCUUUAUAAUGUUUUAUUAGAUUUAUUGUAAGAUCUUGUGAUUCCAUUAAUUAACGAUCCUUGAAGGAAAAAAAACUGUUGGAAAUUGAAAUAUUUGUGAUCGAUGAAAAUUUAUGAGAAGUAAUAUAUAGUUUUUAUAAUGAAAAUGAAAUAUAAGAGAGAUACGCGCAUUUUAAAAGAAAACUAAGUAUGAAGUUACAUGGCAAGUAAAUACAUUAAA